UUCUGUUCAUCAAUGGGCUCCCAACCCAAACCGCGUCUCAUGGGCCACCUCCAUCUCACGGCCCGCACAACUAGGCCCAAGCGGAGGUCCGAACUCGCGUGCACGGCCUGCGCCACUACAUGGGCUCGCGCCGCCCCACGCGCGAGCAUCUCACCAGCCCGGGCCAACUCGCGGCUCUCGCCCCGCUUGAUGUCAUCCGACCUGCGCCACUACAUGGGCUCGCGCCGCCCCACGCGCCAGCAUCUCACCAGCCCGGGCCAACUCGCGGCUCUCGCCCCACUUGAUGUCAUCCGGCCCAUUUUCUCUCUCAGCUCGCGGCCCGCCAUCGAAGUUGCCCCGAUCCGUCCAGCGUCACGAGAUCGCGCCCAACUACAACUCGUAGCCCGCUCCAGUUCCGCCAAGCCCAACAUGUCUCAACUAGCGUAUCUAGCCCAUCCAAGCACGCCCACAAAGGCGGAUUGCUGCCAAAAAAAUUGUUACCACCGCCAGCACUCGAACCAGGGUCCACCAAUUCACUAGAAUCCGCUUCAACCGUUAGGCUACAAGACAACAUGAUGCUACUGCUGCGCGGUGCCUGUACACAACUAUUUGCGUCGAGCUCAUCACCUUAAAGCUAAGUACUCUAUCCCUCUAUCAUGAUUAAAUAUUGAAAUGCUUUGCUUUCUUGAGCGUUUAUGGUGCUAAUGGGGGGCAAGACCUACCCAACAACGUGAGAGAUGAGAAACUCACCAAGUUCUUGACGCCUUGAAGACUCCAAACUGAGGGUUAAAAACCCCGACGAGGAGGGCUCCAAACUGAGGGUUAAAAACCCGGACGAGGAGCCACAAAUAAGUCUCAACGAAGCACACAAAUAAGACUUCAAUAAGAGCAUCGAAGACUCCAAACUGAGGGUUAAAAACCCCGACGAGGAGGGCUCCAAACUGAGGGUUAAAAACCCCGACGAGGAGCCACAAAUAAGUCUCAACGAAGCACACAAAUAAGACUUCAAUAAGAGCAUCGAAGACUCCAAACUGAGGGUUAAAAACCCCGACGAGGAGGGCUCCAAACUGAGGGUUAAAAACCCCGACGAGGAGCCACAAAUAAGUCUCAACGAAGCACACAAAUAAGACUUCAAUAAGAGCAUCGAAGACUCCAAACUGAGGGUUAGAAACCCCGACGAGGAGAACUCCAAACUGAGGGUUAAAAAAAACGACGAGGAGAGCUCCAUGAAGAAUCUACAAUGAGUGAGGGCUACACGCCUUAAUGAAAUACACCAACUGGGGGGCAUGACGCAGAAAGCUGGCACCGCGUCAGCCAAACGAGCCACCAGCUGGGGGGCAACUGGGGUACAUAGGGCUCCACCCAAAAUUACCGACGAAGAUUUUUUAGAAAAAAAAAGUAAUAAGCUAGCGAUGAGUUAAGACUCACCACCAGCUUGGGGGGCAAUUGUUGGGGGUGUUACUAAAUACUCCACGCGCGGACUAAAUAAGGGGUGCUCAAUCGGUAACGUGCUCCGGACGAACAUCACUACGAAGUAUUUAAAGGCAUGAAACUCCCCAUUGAAGGGGACUUCUCCUCUCUCCUCACUUUCCACUUUCUACUAUCUCUCUACACUUUAUCUCUCUAUCUAUUCUCUCAACUCACUCCACAAACAUAUACUAACUUGAUCGUCGGAGCUUAAUCCGGGGGGCAACCCCGGCACUUUUCACAGGUUUCUUCCCUCCCGACGAGAUCAGACGAACGGAUCAUGAGUCAACCCCACACCAACAAUCAUUAUUGUUCGUACCUCGAGCUAGUAGGUUCAAACAGUAGGUAAAUGGCAUACUGCUUGACCCCCCUUGUGCCAUCAUGCUUGACCCCCCUGGGAUGAUGUCAUGUUUGACCCCCCUUGUGUUGUGGGUCUCAACACUUAGCCAAAUUUUGGCUUUCUUCGCCACCACGUCUAGGGACUCGCGUUGCCCUUCUUCACUUGCCAACAUGUUUGAUACCCAGUAGGCGGCUAGACCCUCUUGCGUCUCGUCAUACUCGACUCACCUUGGAUGGCAUCAUGCUUGACCCCCCUGGACGAUGUCAUGCAUGACCCUCCUGGUGCAAGGUAGGUAGAUGGCAUAGUACUUGACCCCCCUGGGAUUAUGUCAUGCUUGAACCCCCUUGUGCUAUGGGUCUCAACACUUAGCCAAAUUUUGCCUUCUUUCCAUCAUGUCAAGCGCGAUGACCCCUUUGCAUUACAUCAUGCUUGACUCCCCUUGUGCUGUGUGUCUCAACACAGAAGGGUACUCCCGAUGAUCCCCCUUGUGGUUGGGUCUUCACGACUUGGGUGGUUGAUGUUGAAGGGUGUCAACGUGUUUGGUGGGUCAAGUGGUGUGUAUUGAGGUACCUGGUAUGAAGCCCAAAAUACCAUUAUUUAGGCCCAACCUAAACCAAUUUAAUUAACAUGGUUAAGUUGG